UCUAUAACCAUUCUAACCAUGAACCGUCGAUAUUACAUGUAUUUCAUGUAUUAUAGACAAGUUUACCCUCAUUGCAUAAGUAACAGUUGCCUACUUUCGCAACCUUGAGAAACACGAACCGUAAAAGUGAAAAGACAAGUCGAUGUCUAAUCCCGCCAAUUAAACGACAACUUCGUCGCGAGAGAAAACAGAGAGUUAGGGUUUCACCGGAAUCGACCUUCUGGUUGGGAUUCAUCUCCGUCGCCGGAAUUAGAAGUUUGCCGUCGCCAGAUUAGCGGUUGUCGUUUGUUUCUGAGUAAGUCGAGGGUUGGGAUUUCUAUAACUGUUGUCGAUUGCUCCAUAUCUAUUUCUGACUCAAUCUAUCGACUUUCUCAAGUGAAUUGCCGCGGUGUGCCGGAGGAGUGGAGCCCAAUUUCGGAAUUAUAAAGUCUUAGUUCUCUGCAACUGUGCUUCAUCUCUGUUAGAUUCAACACACGGUAAGCCUUUCUCCACGCAUUCGCCUCUGCAACAGUAAUUUCUGGUUGUUUUGUUUUUUAAUUCCGAUAACUAUUGGUCUGUAGUUGGUGAAGAAUGGAAGAAGAGCCGUUGCCUAAACGUAUGUUCUGUACUGGGUUUGAGCCAUCUGGAAGGCAUAGGGUGAAUAACUACUUUAAUCUGCGGUGGAUUGAGAACAUAAAGCAGGCGCUUUCGGAUGCUGAUAAUGAGCGGUUGUGUAACUCGCAGUUUGGUUCUUUGAUGUUGAUGGGAAACCACACAUUCUCUGUAAUGUUUGUGCAUUACCUCCUUUCGAGGCAGUUGGUGACCAACAAAAAGUAUGAGUUGUGGUGGGUGUUUGCGGGUAAGCCAAUUAGAUAUGCCAUUGAGGAUUUUGCUCUUGUAACUGGUCUCAAUUGUGGGAAGACUGGAUUUAAGCCCGACAGGGGCAGGGGAAUAGUUGUAAGGAGAGGAGCGCAUUUGAAGACUGCUUUGUGGAAAUCUCUAUUCGGCAAUCUUGCUAAGCCUACAACAACAUGGAUUCUGGAGAAGUUGCUUUUAGGGAAAAAAUACAAAGAUGAUGAGACACGUUUCAGACUUGCGUUGUUGCUUCUGGUGGAUGGCAUUCUUUGUCCUACUUGUGCAAAGACAAACAUCAGUCCAAAGCAUGUUGCAAUGGUAGGUGAUAUUGAAGCAUUUCUGAAGUAUCCAUGGGGGCGUGAAUCUUUUUUAAAGACUGUUGUGAGUGCAAAGGCGCGGACUGCUAGACAGUUAGUGAAUGAGACAUGUGCCAUUCAAGGUUUCUCUCAUGCUCUAGUGCUUGUAACUGUUGCGUGUUGUCCAAUGAUCAUCCGAAGCCCUUUUGUUGGGCUUAACAUUCAUGAUCCUGCAGUUCCAAUUACAGACAUUGUUCAGAAUGUUAUUGAAAGGAGUUUAUGUAUCAAUGUCCACAAUGCCCGUAUGGUUGAUCAAACAGGCCAGGCCCGAGUUACAUCCAUUCUGAAUGAAGAAAACCAGGAGGAGGUGUUGGAUCUGUCUUUCUCUGAUGAAGAAGAUGAUGAAGAAGUAACACAUCUUGUUCAGUUGGUGCAUGAUGACCAUCCCUUCGAACAUAAUACUUGGACUGGUGGUAGGGAUGCUGCUGCGAUUGAAGCUGAGCCUAGUGAGCCUCUAAUGACAAAAGUCGAUGGAGAAGAUGUGUCUAGUGAGGACGAGGAAGACCCCAGGGCCACUGGAACUGCCCACAAUUCAAGUCAGUCUGCUGCUGAUGAUGGGAGGUAUGUAUCAGUACAGGCGCUUAUAAAAGAAACAACAGAUGCGGUUGAAGAACGCUAUCUCAGGCUUCAUCAUAUUGACAAGAUGGAAAUGAAGGGGUACAUUGAUUCUGCAAUGUCAGAUUUAAAGAAAGACAUUGCUGUAUUGAUUGAAGCUUCUGGUUGUGAAUGCAAAAAGAGGAUGCCUACUGAAGAAACUGAACCUGAAGGAUUUGAGGUUCCUCAGACUGGAGCUGUUGGGGAUAAGGUAUGUUUUAGGGACCACCUGUAUGUUGCCUUGUUUGCUUAUAUCUGUCUAUUGGUUAGUUCUAUUCUACUUGUAUUCAGUUUGCUACUGUUUUUAAUUACAGAGAGAUGUGUAUUCAUAUAUAACAACUAAUAUAAUGUUGAUAUUUGUGUAAGGAACCCGGAUCUGCUGG